CCGACUGAAAAUAUUGCACCAGCCUUACCGAUGUGGAGACCAACUCCACGGCGGUUCCUCCAUAGAGCUUCAUCAGUAUCUCUCUCCAAAACUCUCCGUGGUUAGGGAAAAGAGUAGUGCUAGCGAGAUGCCCGGUAUGCGUCCUCGUAAUUAGUUGCUUUGGUGAAAAUUUGUGCCUAAGAUUUCUGUUGGUAGUUUGUUGUGCAUAUCAUUUUGGUGAAAAUUUGUGCCUAAGAUUUCUGAUUCCCGGAUCAAUGUUCUUGCAUUUCUGAAUUUCUUUCUCCCCGUCUUCCCCUUGGCGGAGCAACAUUGUCGCUCUUUUUUCUGAAGAUAUUUUGGCUCUGGGUAGCGUUUCAAAUAGUUUCCCUGAUUGUUGAUUUGUUCAACUAGUCAGUAGUCUCACCUUAUGAUCUUGCUCUUUUGUUUCCUUUUCAUUUUACCAAGAUUUGAUCUUCUUGUUUCUUUGAUCUGCUAUUUGCUGCCAAGAUUUAAACCGCCUGUUGUCUUGUCUGAACUUUGAAGGCCGCAACUUGGGCGUUGCAGGAGCAAAGAAGGAAGAGGGGCCGAGGGGGAGAAUGCCAGGCCGCCCAAGUUCGACGUGGAGACGCUCUGCCUACUGUACAUGAUGCUUUUCACGACGAUCUGGCUGUCCACGUUCCGAUUUCGGUGGCCGGAGCACGCCGAGUUCCUCCGCUACAGCCCGGCCGUGGAAGCCCUGGUCGCCUGCUUCUUCUUCACGUUCGUCACCGUCCAGCUGCAGGUUGCUCGCCAACGCGCUGUCAGAGAAACCCGCCCCGUCGCCGCUUGCGCCUCCCGUGAACCAGUGGAUCAUGGCCCUCUCAGUGUGGCUGUUCGGGGUCCUCUACUACGUGAUCUACGCCUCCAUGAGCGACGGGUAUGCGGCGGAGCCGAGCUACUCGGGCCUGAUCAUCGCCGGGGUCGCGAGUGUUGUGAGCCUCGCCAUGACCGUCUGCAACAUGCGGCAGCGCCCCGUCUUUGCUUAGCAGGAUGCUUAGCUGCGGAUGAUUGGUCAUCUUGGAACCUCAAGAGUGGCGACCUGAAGAAGGCCCAGACUUGCCUAUGGCAGUUUAAUAUCUUACUGUACUAUUUUCUACUAUCUACUAUCUGAACUCAGCAAGGAUUUGGCUUCAUUUGGGGGAUAGGAUUAAUCUAUGUCAGUACCUGGAUGUUUCGUGAUAAACUAUUUCCUGGUAUGUUUCACGAAAAACUUGUUGAUGUGGAAUCUAUUUAUUUCCUUGAGUGUCUGGGUUGCAAGCCCAGGUGGUCACUGGUGGAUCCUUGGUUCUUGUUAAUGGGGAUAUGAUCUUCUAACUCUCUGUGGUCCUGAUCGAUUCUACUAUAUUUAGUUAAAGAAAUUUCAGACUGA